GUAUUUUUCAUUUGAAUCAAUGAUUUAUUUUCUAGAAGUGAGUGUACAUAAAUUUCCACCUCAUUGAUUUAGAAUUAGCAUUAGCAAAACCUGUUAUGACAUCAAUUUCAAGCACACUUGACCUGCUUGAAAAGUACUUUAAAAAGCCAAGUUACAACACUAUAAAUACUUGAAACUCAUAUACUGAUUUAUGAAAAUAGCCAAAUGACAGCUUCCUUUCUGGCAGGAAGUGGCCAAACCACAAUCACAGCAGUCUCAUAUCAAAGUGCUCUUUAUCUGGCAAUGCAACACCACUCCUUCCUUAUUUUAUUAAUUGAUUAAUUUGAUAAUUAUGUGAGGUGAAGUUUUAUCUAAUUGAUAGGUCUGUGAUGUUUUGUGAGUCUUGUCUUGUCUGUGAUUGUGAUGGUUUGUGAGUAUUUUGUUGUCUGUGGUUGUUUGUGAUGGUUUCUGAGUACUGUGUUGUUUUUGAUGGUGUGUGAUUAUUGUGUUGUCUCAAAUUGUCUGUGAGUCAUGUGAUGUGCAAUAGUUUGUGAAUAUAGUGUUGUCUAUGAUGUUUUGUGAGUUGUGCAUUGACUGUUAUGGUCUGUGAAUAUUCAGUUCAGUAAAUUAAAUUAAAUCAAUUCAAUUCAAUUCAAAUUAGUUUAUUUGUAUAGCACUUUUUAACAUUGUCUCAAAGCAGCUUUACAGAAGUAUAGAAAAAUAGAAAAAUUAGUUUAAAAUUAAGUCAUUAUUUAUCCCUAACUUUAAUGCCUAAUGAGCAAUCCCGAGGCUAUGGUAGUGAGGAAAAACUCCCUGAGAUGAUAUGAGGAAGAAACCUUGAGAGGAAUCAGGCUCACAAGUGAACCUUUCCCAUUUGGGUGACACUGGACAGUGAAUAAUGUAACUGUUGAUAAUGUUCUUUCUUAAUCAGUAUAUUAAGCAUCAGCAAAGAAUUGUGCAACCAAGAGCUCUUGAGGAACUUGUAGGUCAGUGUAGUUUCUGAAAUCAUUAUAGACUUAGCACUAAUUCCUUCCUGCUGAAAGCUGACUGAGGCAACAGCAGUUCAGAGACGGUGUGAUCGUCUCCAAGUGGUUCUAUCCGCAGCAGUGCCUUGUGUCACAGUCUGUCUACACAGAUCUAGCCCCAGUGACAGUGAGCACCACCAAUUGAGGAGACUCCAAAUCAGGGGUAGUUCAUCUGAAUGGAUCAGACAGGUCCAGAAUGAAGAAGCAUCCCCACUGGAAACUCAGAACACUGGAAGCUCAGAAGUGUGAUAUAUAAAUCUCAACAUCGAAAAGAGAGAGAGAGAAAAGUAUUAGAUAAAAGGAAGAGAGAUUAAACGAAUCCAUUAAAUUAUGCACGCCUGGAACUUCAUUUAUUUCGGCAUGCAACAAACUUGGAGGAUUUAUAAGAAGCAUGAAUCGAAGGCGAUCACGAGAGAGUUCGGAGCGAGCGAGUAACAUACGACUCAUUGGUAACAACAUCUGCUCUGGUAGAGUGGAGAUCCUGCAUGAUGGGCAGUGGGGAACAGUGUGUGAUGAUGACUGGGACCUGAAUGAUGCAGAGGUGGUGUGUAGACAACUUGGAUGUGGUAAAGCGGUCACCGCUCAUCAAAUAGCCCACUUUGGUCAGGGAAGUGGUCCAAUAUGGCUAAAUAAUGUUCAGUGUUCUGGAAGUGAAAGCAGUAUCACAGAGUGCUCUCACAGUGGAUUUGGAAAUCUCAACUGCAACCAUGGUGAAGAUGCUGGUGUUACUUGUUCAGGUAACAUACGACUCAUUGGUGGCACCGACUCCUGCUCUGGUAGAGUGGAGAUCCUGCAUGAUGGUCAGUGGGGAACAGUGUGUGAUAAUGACUGGGACCUGAAUGAUGCAGAGGUGGUGUGUAGACAGCUUGGAUGUGGUAAAGCGGUCACCGCUCAUCAAAACGCCCACUUUGGUCAGGGAAGUGGCCAGAUAUGGCUGGAUAAUGUUCAGUGUUCUGAAAGUGAAAGCAGCAUCACACAGUGCUCUCAUAGUGGAUUUGGAAAAAACAAUUGUGGCCAUGGUGAAGAUGCUGGUGUUACUUGCUCAGGUAACAUACGAAUCAUUGGUGGCACCGACUCCUGCUCUGGUAGAGUGGAGAUCCUGCAUGAUGGUCAGUGGGGAACAGUGUGUGAUGAUGACUGGGACCUGAAUGAUGCAGAGGUGGUGUGUAGACAGCUUGGAUGUGGUAAAGCUGUCACCGCUCAUCAAAAUGCCCACUUUGGUCAGGGAAGUGGUCCAAUAUUGCUGAAUCAUGUUCAGUGUUCUGGAAGUGAAAGCUCCAUCACACAGUGCUCUCAUAGUGGAUUUGGAUCACACGGCUGCAGCCAUGGUGAAGAUGCUGGUGUUACUUGCUCAGGUAACAUGCGACUCAUUGGUGGCACCGACUCCUGCUCUGGUAGAGUGGAGAUCCUGUACGAUGGUCAGUGGGGAACAGUGUGUGAUAAUGACUGGGACCUGAAUGAUGCAGAGGUGGUGUGUAGACAGCUUGGAUGUGGUAAAGCGGUCACCGCUCAUCAAAGCUCAUCACUUUGCACAGGGAAGUGGCCAGAUAUUGCUGGACGGUGUUCAGUGUUCUGGAAGUGAAAGCAGCAUCACACAGUGCUCUCAUAGAGGAUUCGGAUCAAACAACUGCAACCAUGGUGAAGAUGCUGGUGUUACUUGCUCAGGUAACAUACGACUCAUUGGUGGCACCGACUCCUGCUCUGGUACAGUGGAGAUCCUGCACAGUGGUCAGUGGGGAACAGUGUGUGAUGAUAUCUGGGACCUGAAAGAUGCAGAGGUGGUGUGUAGACAGCUUGGAUGUGGUAAAGCGGUCACCGCUCAUCAAAAUGCCCACUUUGGUCAGGGAAGUGGUCCAAUAUUGCUGAAUCAUGUUCAGUGUUCUGGAAGUGAAAGCAGUAUCACAGAGUGCACUCAUAGUGGAUUUGGAUCACACGGCUGCAGCCAUGGUGAAGACGCUGGUGUUACUUGCUCAGGUAACAUACGACUCAUUGGUGGCAGCAACUCCUGCUCUGGUAGAGUGGAGAUCCUGCAUGAUGACCAGUGGGGAACAGUGUGUGAUGAUGACUGGGACCUGAAUGAUGCAGAGGUGGUGUGUAGACAGCUUGGAUGUGGUAAAGCGGUCACCGCUCAUCAAAAUGCCCACUUUGCUCAGGGAAGUGGCCAAAUAUUGCUGGAUGGUGUUCAGUGUUCUGGAAGUGAAAGCUCCAUCACACAGUGCUCUCAUAGAGGAUUUGGAUCACACAACUGCAGCCAUGGUGAAGAUGCUGGUGUUACUUGCUCAGGUAACAUACGACUCAUUGGUGGCACCGACUCCUGCUCUGGUAGAGUGGAGAUCCUGCGAUAUGGCCGGUGGGGAACAGUGUGUGAUGAUGACUGGGACCUGAAUGAUGCAGAGGUGGUGUGUAGACAGCUUGGAUGUGGUAAAGCGGUCACCGCUCAUCAAAAUGCCCACUUUGGUCAGGGAAGUGGUCCAAUAUUGCUGAAUCAUGUUCAGUGUUCUGGAAGUGAAAGCAGUAUCACACAGUGCUCUCAUAGUGGAUUUGGAUCACACGGCUGCAGCCAUGGUGAAGACGCUGGUGUUACUUGCUCAGCAGAAGAAUGAUGCAUACAACUCUGAUACUGACUGUGAUGCGUGAUGUGGAGUGUGAAGUGAAGGAGUCUACCUUGGGUUUGAUGUUGAGGUACAAAGAAGUGAUAUGGACCAUGACUUUGUUGUGAAUUAAACAAUUAUCCAUUAUCUAUAGUCCACAAACAAUAACAUGGUUAAAUUGGAUAAUUUCCCAUUGUUAAGAUACUAUUAUUUUAGUUAUUUGAGAAUUUUAGUAUAAGUUUGUUUUCCUCUGUUUAGAUGGUACUAUUUUAACACUUUCAUACUACUUUAUUGUUACCUGAUUAACUCAUUGCUACUUUAUAUUAAAAUGGUUUAGAGAUCCAACACAGAUUAAUACUUAUAUUCAAAUUUUAAUAUUGUAUGUUUAAUAUUAAAUAUCAAAAUACAUGAAAAUAUAAAUUAUCCAUCAGCAUUUUCAGUGCAUUGAUGCAGAAAUCAGAAAAUAAGGAUAGGACCACUGGACAUUAGUUUUUAAUUCUUAUAUUUCUCUCAUCACUUCAUAUUACUUUCAUCACUUAGUCAUGUAGCAUUUUCUGUAAUUUUCAGAUUAGAUUAAGAUUUAAAAUGUCAAUUUUGAAACUUGUCUGUGUUUUUCUUAUUAUUGUUGUCAUUUUAAUUUGAUUUUCAUAUUUUAUUUCAUUUGGUCAAUUCUUUGUGCAUUUUAUUCACAAAUUUUAUUUACUCUUACCUUCCUACACCAUGCAGUGUAUUCAGUCUUAUGAAUUCUGCUUUAGGAUUUUGGAGAUGAACUGAAAAGUUUUAUCACAAUUAUUUUGCAAAUAUUGUAAUUAAAUGUAGCAAAUGUCAAAGUACUAAAUUAAUAUUAAGUCAUAAAUUACUAUUGUUUAUACCAAUUUUAAAUUGAAUUAAUAAAUGAAUGCUAAAGAAUUUGA